UUAUGCGUUUAAAUAAUGUCUAACUUUGCGUGCUAAUAAUUACCACCACCAUCGCCGUUACCAAUUACCAUCACCAAGCAACAGUCAUCUCUUCCAGUCCACACACCGACCAUCUACAACCACCACGCACCACCUUCUGACCUACAUACAACUACUUUACAAUCAAUCACACACACACACACAACCCAAACUUUACAGGGACACACCACACAAUUCUCCUACAGGAAGUCCUCAAAAUGGCCAACUUGUAUGUCCAAGCGGUGCCGCCGACGGAUCUCAACAGAAAUACCGAGUGGUUCAUGUACCCCGGCGUUUGGACCACCUACAUACUCAUCCUAUUCUUUGCUUGGCUCGUCGUUCUCUCCGUCUCCGGUUGUUCUCCUGGCAUGGCCUGGACCACUGUUAAUCUCUGUCACGCUCUGGUUACAUAUCACUUCUUUCACUGGAAGAAAGGAACACCUUUUGCUGAUGACCAAGGUAUCUACAACAGGUUGACAUGGUGGGAGCAAAUUGAUAGUGGCAAGCAGCUCACUCGCAACAGGAAGUUUCUUACUGUUGUGCCUGUAGUGCUAUACUUGAUAGCAUCACACACAACCGAUUAUCAGAACCCAAUGCUGUUCUUGAACACAAUAGCAGUUUUUGUGUUGGUGAUUGCCAAAUUCCCACAUAUGCAUAAAGUCAGGAUUUUUGGAAUCAAUGCUGAAGAGUGAAUCAUGUUUCUUUAAAAAAAAGGAUACUAGUUCAGCUCUAUCCGUGGAUAUAUAUGUGCAUCUUUAAUUUUGACAUAUCAUGACAAUUAAAAAGGUUUGGAACUGGAUAAAAAAAAGGUAUAUUAACUUUUUUGUUAUAUUUUUUUUUUCCCUUUGUGUCUUGUGGAUGAUCCAAAAACUAGAAAAAAAGACUUUUCUUGUGUCUUUUGGUGGUUGAUUUGUAAUGCUGAGUGUAACAUCUCUUGUAGG